AUGCAGGCACCAACAACCACAACCUGUGUGCUGCUUUCAGGUUCUGGACGACAGCUGAGACCGGCCGAGCCCCCGGGAGAUGCUGAUGCCGAUGCAGAUGCAGAGGAGGAAGAUUCUGUUACUGAAGUGGCAGUAGAAGACAUUCGUCCAAGGCCACAAGGAUCCUCUCCAGUUUAUGAGUAUCCCGUAGAAGAAGACUAUUUAAAGCUUCAAGAAGAAAACAAAAGACAUUCUACAGACAAAUCAAAGCAGAGUCAUCCACAGGAGACAAUGGAAGUGACCCUGAAAACAGAAGUGGAAGCUGGAGCUAGUGGUUUUAGUGUGAAAGGUGGAGGAAAUGAAGGAAUAUUUAUUAAAAAAGUACUUAAGGAAUCUCCUGCUUCAAAAAUAUUUAGUCUUAGAGAAGGUGAUCAGCUUCUAAGUGCUACAAUAUUUUUCGAUAAUAUCAAAUAUGAAGAUGCACUCAAGAUUCUCCAAUAUUCCGAGCCAUACAGAGUCCAAUUCAGCCUCAAAAGAAAAAUUGCCGUGCAAGAAGAUCUGGAACACUCUACAGCCCAGCACAAAAAGGAAAGGAUAGCCCAGGAAAAAGAGCUCAGUGAGAGCAUUCCUGAAGAAACACUGCAUGUUUCAGGAAAAUCCAUUUCAGAAGAAGACAGGGAAACAUUAAUUGUAAGCCAAAGAGUAGGAAGAAGUAAGAGACCUAAAAAAGAUAGAUUAUCAUGGCCAAAAUUUCAAUCAAUCAAAAAUAAAAAGAUAUUGAGGCACAGAAGAUCUCAUAGUACAUCAGAUGCAUAUGAGCCUGCUUUGCAGGAUAUUUCCCCUACAAGCACGGACACAGAGUCUCAAUUUCCACAAGAGGUCCAUACCAAAGAGAAAAAAGGAAGCCAAAAGAAGCUGAAGUUCCCUAGCAUUGGAUUCAGAAUGCACAGGUCCAAACCAGAGCCACAAGAGAAGCAAAAAAAAGAAAUAAAAACGACACUGAUCUCUGAAAGAGAAAAAAUGCAUAAAUAUGAUAUAAGCCUGGAAAAUCCCGAAAUUUUAACUGUUGAAUAUACCACAUCUCCUGCUUAUGAAGUGAAGACAGGGGAGGGACAUGAAACUUUAACAAAAGACUUAAAAGAAAUUAAAAAUGGCAUUCCGUCUCAUGUAAAACAAUGCCCUGAAGUUGAAAUAAGCAUUAAAAAUGACAAGGAAGCAUCAUCAAAAUUUAGUGUACCUGAAGUACCAGACAUAACAACAGAGAUACCAAAGCCUAGUUUAGAAACUGCUGAUCUGAAAGUAAGCCCAACUAAAAAAUCUCCACAAGCCUCAUCAAAAUCCCGAAAAAAGAAACAGAAGGGAACAGCAGAUAAAAAAGAUGGAGAAAGUGGAAUUAACAUAGACUUGAUGGGUCACAGUACUAAAGGAUCUGUACAGGUAAAAGGCCUAGAAAUUGGCACUGCUAAAGUAGAAUUACAGACAUCUGAAACACUGGAAACAGGAGAAAAACAAGCAGAAGACACACAAAUACUAAAUAUUCAGAAAAUAAAUUCUGGAAUUUCAAUGACCAAAAGAAAAGAGACAGAGACUGACACUACUAAACAGGGAAGUGACGUUCCACAGUCAGUCCCAGAAAAAACAGCUGAUAUGACUUCAGAGGACAGCAGGAAUUUCAAUGUGAAAACUCUUUUGCCAGAUGCACAAUCAGAUGUAUCUACUUGGAAAAUACAAAUGCCAUCAUUCAAAGUGGCCAAAGCACCCAAAGCACCCAAAACAGACAUGAAAAUAACAAGAGAAGAAAGCAAAGAGGACACAGAAGAUAGGAUAAAAAAGGAAGGUAUGGAGGAAGAUGGCAUGCCCACAAAUGACAAAGACUUAAACAUAGAAAUUGAAAUGAAGAAAGGAGAAAAAGAUAUAGAGGGGAAAGAAAGCAAAUUCAGACUGCCAAAGUUAAAAUUCCCUACAUUUACCUGGUCAAAUACCAAGGAAGAAACAGCCCAAGCUGAAGAACAGAUAAGUGACAGGGAACUAAAACUGCAAACCUUGGAAAAUGAAGGAGGACUUCAGGUAACUGGACCAACAGAAAAAAUUCCAACUGCUGAAAUGGAAAUAGGAAUAUCCAUAGGAAAAAAAGAUGAAAACAAUAUAAUACAAAAACCUGAAGGCCAGUUGCCGAGUCUGAAAAAACCAAAUAUAAAAUCUACCCCAAUAGAAAUAAAAACAGAAGAUACCAAAGAAAAAAUACAGAUUUCAAAAACAGGUAUUGAAAUAGAGAAGUGGGAAUUAAAUAAAAAAGCAAAAGAUAAAAUUUCAGAAAUUACACCGUCUAAUAUCAAAGCUCCCAAGGUGGACAUCAGUCUGCCCUCUGUUGACGUCACCCUUCCACAGGCCAGCAUCGACUUGCAGGCCCCCGAGGCCAGCCUUAGCCUUGAAGGAGAAGCCAAAGUCCCAGAGAAGGAGGCCACCAAGACCAAGGACGGCAAGUUCAAGAUGCCCAAGUUCGGCAUGCCUUCCUUUGGCUGGUCCAGCAGCAGAGAGGCCAAGGGCACCGUGGCCGCCGAGGUGGACGUCAGCCUCCCGGAGCCUCAAGUGACGGUGCCUUCCGGAGCCAGCCAAGUGGAGGUGACCCUGCCCACGGCCGAUAUCCAAGUGCCCGGUGUGGAGGUGACCGUUGAUGCGGGCACGGUAGCAGCCGAGGCUGAGAAAGGCCGAUUCAAGAUGCCCGACGUCAAGAUGCCCAGCGUCAAGCUGCCCAAAGUCAAAGCUCCCCAGGCACAGGUCAGCCUGCCCAAGGCCGAGGUCUCGCUGCCCAAAGGCCAGGAGGGUGAAGCGGCCCUGCAGGGCCCCGAGGCCGAAGGCAGCCUGGAGGUGGCCGCUGGCAAAGCGGAGGGUGGCGGCAUGAAAAUACACAUGCCCAAAGUCAAGGUGCCCAGCGUGGUCUUCUCCAAGCCUACCAUCAAGUCUCCCAAACUGGAGGCAGACGUCAGCCUCCCGCAGGCCGAGCUCAAGGCCGCCGACAUCACUGUCACGGCCCCCGAUGUCAAGCUGCCCUCCGUUGAAGGCUCCCUGGAGCUCCAGGCGCCCGACGUAGAGGUCAAAGCUCCCUCCGCGGAAGGCAAGCUGGAGCUGGAAGGCACGGGCCUGAAAGGCAAGCUGAAGAUGCCCAAAUUUGACAAGCCCAAAUUCACAGUCUCCUCCCCCAAGGCCGAGGUGCCCACAGCCGAGAUCAGCCUGCCCAGCGCUGAGGUGGAGCUCCCAUCCGCCACCGUGACGGCCUCAACAGAGGGCACUGGCGUGAAGCUGGAGAAGCCCUCCCUCAAGAUGCCCAAAGCUGACAUCAAAGCUCCCAAGGUGGACAUCAGCCUGCCCUCUGUUGACGUCACCCUUCCACAGGCCAGCGUCGACUUGCAGGCCCCCGAGGCCAGCCUUAGCCUUGAAGGAGAAGCCAAAGUCCCAGAGAAGGAGGCCACCAAGACCAAGGACGGCAAGUUCAAGAUGCCCAAGUUCGGCAUGCCUUCCUUUGGCUGGUCCAGCAGCAGAGAGGCCAAGGGCACCGUGGCCGCCGAGGUGGACGUCAGCCUCCCGGAGCCUCAAGUGACGGUGCCUUCCGGAGCCAGCCAAGUGGAGGUGACCCUGCCCACGGCCGAUAUCCAAGUGCCCGGUGUGGAGGUGACCGUUGAUGCGGGCACGGUAGCAGCCGAGGCUGAGAAAGGCCGAUUCAAGAUGCCCGACGUCAAGAUGCCCAGCGUCAAGCUGCCCAAAGUCAAAGCUCCCCAGGCACAGGUCAGCCUGCCCAAGGCCGAAGUCUCGCUGCCCAAAGGCCAGGAGGGCGAAGCGGCCCUGCAGGGCCCCGAGGCCGAAGGCAGCCUGGAGGUGGCCGCUGGCAAAGCGGAGGGUGGCGGCAUGAAAAUACACAUGCCCAAAGUCAAGGUGCCCAGCGUGGUCUUCUCCAAGCCUACCAUCAAGUCUCCCAAACUGGAGGCAGACGUCAGCCUCCCGCAGGCCGAGCUCAAGGCCGCCGACAUCACUGUCACGGCCCCCGAUGUCAAGCUGCCCUCCGUUGAAGGCUCCCUGGAGCUCCAGGCGCCCGACGUAGAGGUCAAAGCUCCCUCCGCGGAAGGCAAGCUGGAGCUGGAAGGCACGGGCCUGAAAGGCAAGCUGAAGAUGCCCAAAUUUGACAAGCCCAAAUUCACAGUCUCCUCCCCCAAGGCCGAGGUGCCCACAGCCGAGAUCAGCCUGCCCAGCGCUGAGGUGGAGCUCCCAUCCGCCACCGUGACGGCCUCAACAGAGGGCACUGGCGUGAAGCUGGAGAAGCCCUCCCUCAAGAUGCCCAAAGCUGACAUCAAAGCUCCCAAGGUGGACAUCAGCCUGCCCUCUGUUGACGUCACCCUUCCACAGGCCAGCAUCGACUUGCAGGCCCCCGAGGCCAGCCUUAGCCUUGAAGGAGAAGCCAAAGUCCCAGAGAAGGAGGCCACCAAGACCAAGGACGGCAAGUUCAAGAUGCCCAAGUUCGGCAUGCCUUCCUUUGGCUGGUCCAGCAGCAGAGAGGCCAAGGGCACCGUGGCCGCCGAGGUGGACGUCAGCCUCCCGGAGCCUCAAGUGACGGUGCCUUCCGGAGCCAGCGAAGUGGAGGUGACCCUGCCCACGGCCGAUAUCCAAGUGCCCGGUGUGGAGGUGACCGUUGAUGCGGGCACGGUAGCAGCCGAGGCUGAGAAAGGCCGAUUCAAGAUGCCUGACGUCAAGAUGCCCAGCGUCAAGCUGCCCAAAGUCAAAGCUCCCCAGGCACAGGUCAGCCUGCCCAAGGCCGAAGUCUCGCUGCCCAAAGGCCAGGAGGGCGAAGCGGCCCUGCAGGGCCCCGAGGCCGAAGCCAGCCUGGAGGUGGCCGCUGGCAAAGCGGAGGGUGGCGGCAUGAAAAUACACAUGCCCAAAGUCAAGGUGCCCAGCGUGGUCUUCUCCAAGCCUACCAUCAAGUCUCCCAAACUGGAGGCAGACAUCAGCCUCCCGCAGGCCGAGCUCAAGGCCGCCGACAUCACUGUCACGGCCCCCGAUGUCAAGCUGCCCUCCGUUGAAGGCUCCCUGGAGCUCCAGGCGCCCGACGUAGAGGUCAAAGCUCCCUCCGCGGAAGGCAAGCUGGAGCUGGAAGGCACGGGCCUUAAAGGCAAGCUGAAGAUGCCCAAAUUUGACAAGCCCAAAUUCACAGUCUCCUCCCCCAAGGCCGAGGUGCCCACAGCCGAGAUCAGCCUGCCCAGCGCUGAGGUGGAGCUCCCAUCCGCCACCGUGACAGCCUCAACAGAGGGCACUGGCGUGAAGCUGGAGAAGCCCUCCCUCAAGAUGCCCAAAGCUGACAUCAAAGCUCCCAAGGUGGACAUCAGCCUGCCCUCUGUUGACGUCACCCUUCCACAGGCCAGCGUCGACUUGCAGGCCCCCGAGGCCAGCCUUAGCCUUGAAGGAGAAGCCAAAGUCCCAGAGAAGGAGGCCACCAAGACCAAGGACGGCAAGUUCAAGAUGCCCAAGUUCGGCAUGCCUUCCUUUGGCUGGUCCAGCAGCAGAGAGGCCAAGGGCACCGUGGCCGCCGAGGUGGACGUCAGCCUCCCGGAGCCUCAAGUGACGGUGCCUUCUGGAGCCAGCGAAGUGGAGGUGACCCUGCCCACGGCCGAUAUCCAAGUGCCCGGUGUGGAGGUGACCGUUGAUGCGGGCACGGUAGCAGCCGAGGCUGAGAAAGGCCGAUUCAAGAUGCCCGACGUCAAGAUGCCCAGCGUCAAGCUGCCCAAAGUCAAAGCUCCCCAGGCACAGGUCAGCCUGCCCAAGGCCGAGGUCUCGCUGCCCAAAGGCCAGGAGGGCGAAGCGGCCCUGCAGGGCCCCGAGGCCGAAGGCAGCCUGGAGGUGGCCGCUGGCAAAGCGGAGGGUGGCGGCAUGAAAAUACACAUGCCCAAAGUCAAGGUGCCCAGCGUGGUCUUCUCCAAGCCUACCAUCAAGUCUCCCAAACUGGAGGCAGACGUCAGCCUCCCGCAGGCUGAGCUCAAGGCCGCCGACAUCACUGUCACGGCCCCCGAUGUCAAGCUGCCCUCCGUUGAAGGCUCCCUGGAGCUCCAGGCACCCGACGUAGAGGUCAAAGCUCCCUCCGCCGAAGGCAAGCUGGAGCUGGAAGGCACGGGCCUGAAAGGCAAGCUGAAGAUGCCCAAAUUUGACAAGCCCAAAUUCACAGUCUCCUCCCCCAAGGCCGAGGUGCCCACAGCCGAGAUCAGCCUGCCCAGCGCUGAGGUGGAGCUCCCAUCCGCCACCGUGACGGCCUCAACAGAGGGCACUGGCGUGAAGCUGGAGAAGCCCUCCCUCAAGAUGCCCAAAGCUGACAUCAAAGCUCCCAAGGUGGACAUCAGUCUGCCCUCUGUUGACGUCACCCUUCCACAGGCCAGCGUCGACUUGCAGGCCCCCGAGGCCAGCCUUAGCCUUGAAGGAGAAGCCAAAGUCCCAGAGAAGGAGGCCACCAAGACCAAGGACGGCAAGUUCAAGAUGCCCAAGUUCGGCAUGCCUUCCUUUGGCUGGUCCAGCAGCAGAGAGGCCAAGGGCACCGUGGCCGCCGAGGUGGACGUCAGCCUCCCGGAGCCUCAAGUGACAGUGCCUUCCGGAGCCAGCGAAGUGGAGGUGACCCUGCCCACGGCCGAUAUCCAAGUGCCCGGUGUGGAGGUGACCGUUGAUGCGGGCACGGUAGCAGCCGAGGCUGAGAAAGGCCGAUUCAAGAUGCCCGACGUCAAGAUGCCCAGCGUCAAGCUGCCCAAAGUCAAAGCUCCCCAGGCACAGGUCAGCCUGCCCAAGGCCGAAGUCUCGCUGCCCAAAGGCCAGGAGGGCGAAGCGGCCCUGCAGGGCCCCGAGGCCGAAGGCAGCCUGGAGGUGGCCGCUGGCAAAGCGGAGGGUGGCGGCAUGAAAAUACACAUGCCCAAAGUCAAGGUGCCCAGCGUGGUCUUCUCCAAGCCUACCAUCAAGUCUCCCAAACUGGAGGCAGACGUCAGCCUCCCGCAGGCCGAGCUCAAGGCCGCCGACAUCACUGUCACGGCCCCCGAUGUCAAGCUGCCCUCCGUUGAAGGCUCCCUGGAGCUCCAGGCGCCCGACGUAGAGGUCAAAGCUCCCUCCGCGGAAGGCAAGCUGGAGCUGGAAGGCACGGGCCUGAAAGGCAAGCUGAAGAUGCCCAAAUUUGACAAGCCCAAAUUCACAGUCUCCUCCCCCAAGGCCGAGGUGCCCACAGCCGAGAUCAGCCUGCCCAGCGCUGAGGUGGAGCUCCCAUCCGCCACCGUGACGGCCUCAACAGAGGGCACUGGCGUGAAGCUGGAGAAGCCCUCCCUCAAGAUGCCCAAAGCUGACAUCAAAGCUCCCAAGGUGGACAUCAGCCUGCCCUCUGUUGACGUCACCCUUCCACAGGCCAGCAUCGACUUGCAGGCCCCCGAGGCCAGCCUUAGCCUUGAAGGAGAAGCCAAAGUCCCAGAGAAGGAGGCCACCAAGACCAAGGACGGCAAGUUCAAGAUGCCCAAGUUCGGCAUGCCUUCCUUUGGCUGGUCCAGCAGCAGAGAGGCCAAGGGCACCGUGGCCGCCGAGGUGGACGUCAGCCUCCCGGAGCCUCAAGUGACGGUGCCUUCCGGAGCCAGCGAAGUGGAGGUGACCCUGCCCACGGCCGAUAUCCAAGUGCCCGGUGUGGAGGUGACCGUUGAUGCGGGCACGGUAGCAGCCGAGGCUGAGAAAGGCCGAUUCAAGAUGCCUGACGUCAAGAUGCCCAGCGUCAAGCUGCCCAAAGUCAAAGCUCCCCAGGCACAGGUCAGCCUGCCCAAGGCCGAAGUCUCGCUGCCCAAAGGCCAGGAGGGCGAAGCGGCCCUGCAGGGCCCCGAGGCCGAAGCCAGCCUGGAGGUGGCCGCUGGCAAAGCGGAGGGUGGCGGCAUGAAAAUACACAUGCCCAAAGUCAAGGUGCCCAGCGUGGUCUUCUCCAAGCCUACCAUCAAGUCUCCCAAACUGGAGGCAGACAUCAGCCUCCCGCAGGCCGAGCUCAAGGCCGCCGACAUCACUGUCACGGCCCCCGAUGUCAAGCUGCCCUCCGUUGAAGGCUCCCUGGAGCUCCAGGCGCCCGACGUAGAGGUCAAAGCUCCCUCCGCGGAAGGCAAGCUGGAGCUGGAAGGCACGGGCCUUAAAGGCAAGCUGAAGAUGCCCAAAUUUGACAAGCCCAAAUUCACAGUCUCCUCCCCCAAGGCCGAGGUGCCCACAGCCGAGAUCAGCCUGCCCAGCGCUGAGGUGGAGCUCCCAUCCGCCACCGUGACAGCCUCAACAGAGGGCACUGGCGUGAAGCUGGAGAAGCCCUCCCUCAAGAUGCCCAAAGCUGACAUCAAAGCUCCCAAGGUGGACAUCAGCCUGCCCUCUGUUGACGUCACCCUUCCACAGGCCAGCGUCGACUUGCAGGCCCCCGAGGCCAGCCUUAGCCUUGAAGGAGAAGCCAAAGUCCCAGAGAAGGAGGCCACCAAGACCAAGGACGGCAAGUUCAAGAUGCCCAAGUUCGGCAUGCCUUCCUUUGGCUGGUCCAGCAGCAGAGAGGCCAAGGGCACCGUGGCCGCCGAGGUGGACGUCAGCCUCCCGGAGCCUCAAGUGACGGUGCCUUCUGGAGCCAGCGAAGUGGAGGUGACCCUGCCCACGGCCGAUAUCCAAGUGCCCGGUGUGGAGGUGACCGUUGAUGCGGGCACGGUAGCAGCCGAGGCUGAGAAAGGCCGAUUCAAGAUGCCCGACGUCAAGAUGCCCAGCGUCAAGCUGCCCAAAGUCAAAGCUCCCCAGGCACAGGUCAGCCUGCCCAAGGCCGAGGUCUCGCUGCCCAAAGGCCAGGAGGGCGAAGCGGCCCUGCAGGGCCCCGAGGCCGAAGGCAGCCUGGAGGUGGCCGCUGGCAAAGCGGAGGGUGGCGGCAUGAAAAUACACAUGCCCAAAGUCAAGGUGCCCAGCGUGGUCUUCUCCAAGCCUACCAUCAAGUCUCCCAAACUGGAGGCAGACGUCAGCCUCCCGCAGGCCGAGCUCAAGGCCGCCGACAUCACUGUCACGGCCCCCGAUGUCAAGCUGCCCUCCGUUGAAGGCUCCCUGGAGCUCCAGGCGCCCGACGUAGAGGUCAAAGCUCCCUCCGCCGAAGGCAAGCUGGAGCUGGAAGGCACGGGCCUGAAAGGCAAGCUGAAGAUGCCCAAAUUUGACAAGCCCAAAUUCACAGUCUCCUCCCCCAAGGCCGAGGUGCCCACAGCCGAGAUCAGCCUGCCCAGCGCUGAGGUGGAGCUCCCAUCCGCCACCGUGACGGCCUCAACAGAGGGCACUGGCGUGAAGCUGGAGAAGCCCUCCCUCAAGAUGCCCAAAGCUGACAUCAAAGCUCCCAAGGUGGACAUCAGUCUGCCCUCUGUUGACGUCACCCUUCCACAGGCCAGCAUCGACUUGCAGGCCCCCGAGGCCAGCCUUAGCCUUGAAGGAGAAGCCAAAGUCCCAGAGAAGGAGGCCACCAAGACCAAGGACGGCAAGUUCAAGAUGCCCAAGUUCGGCAUGCCUUCCUUUGGCUGGUCCAGCAGCAGAGAGGCCAAGGGCACCGUGGCCGCCGAGGUGGACGUCAGCCUCCCGGAGCCUCAAGUGACGGUGCCUUCCGGAGCCAGCGAAGUGGAGGUGACCCUGCCCACGGCCGAUAUCCAAGUGCCCGGUGUGGAGGUGACCGUUGAUGCGGGCACGGUAGCAGCCGAGGCUGAGAAAGGCCGAUUCAAGAUGCCCGACGUCAAGAUGCCCAGCGUCAAGCUGCCCAAAGUCAAAGCUCCCCAGGCACAGGUCAGCCUGCCCAAGGCCGAAGUCUCGCUGCCCAAAGGCCAGGAGGGCGAAGCGGCCCUGCAGGGCCCCGAGGCCGAAGGCAGCCUGGAGGUGGCCGCUGGCAAAGCGGAGGGUGGCGGCAUGAAAAUACACAUGCCCAAAGUCAAGGUGCCCAGCGUGGUCUUCUCCAAGCCUACCAUCAAGUCUCCCAAACUGGAGGCAGACGUCAGCCUCCCGCAGGCCGAGCUCAAGGCCGCCGACAUCACUGUCACGGCCCCCGAUGUCAAGCUGCCCUCCGUUGAAGGCUCCCUGGAGCUCCAGGCGCCCGACGUAGAGGUCAAAGCUCCCUCCGCGGAAGGCAAGCUGGAGCUGGAAGGCACGGGCCUGAAAGGCAAGCUGAAGAUGCCCAAAUUUGACAAGCCCAAAUUCACAGUCUCCUCCCCCAAGGCCGAGGUGCCCACAGCCGAGAUCAGCCUGCCCAGCGCUGAGGUGGAGCUCCCAUCCGCCACCGUGACGGCCUCAACAGAGGGCACUGGCGUGAAGCUGGAGAAGCCCUCCCUCAAGAUGCCCAAAGCUGACAUCAAAGCUCCCAAGGUGGACAUCAGCCUGCCCUCUGUUGACGUCACCCUUCCACAGGCCAGCAUCGACUUGCAGGCCCCCGAGGCCAGCCUUAGCCUUGAAGGAGAAGCCAAAGUCCCAGAGAAGGAGGCCACCAAGACCAAGGACGGCAAGUUCAAGAUGCCCAAGUUCGGCAUGCCUUCCUUUGGCUGGUCCAGCAGCAGAGAGGCCAAGGGCACCGUGGCCGCCGAGGUGGACGUCAGCCUCCCGGAGCCUCAAGUGACGGUGCCUUCCGGAGCCAGCGAAGUGGAGGUGACCCUGCCCACGGCCGAUAUCCAAGUGCCCGGUGUGGAGGUGACCGUUGAUGCGGGCACGGUAGCAGCCGAGGCUGAGAAAGGCCGAUUCAAGAUGCCUGACGUCAAGAUGCCCAGCGUCAAGCUGCCCAAAGUCAAAGCUCCCCAGGCACAGGUCAGCCUGCCCAAGGCCGAAGUCUCGCUGCCCAAAGGCCAGGAGGGCGAAGCGGCCCUGCAGGGCCCCGAGGCCGAAGCCAGCCUGGAGGUGGCCGCUGGCAAAGCGGAGGGUGGCGGCAUGAAAAUACACAUGCCCAAAGUCAAGGUGCCCAGCGUGGUCUUCUCCAAGCCUACCAUCAAGUCUCCCAAACUGGAGGCAGACAUCAGCCUCCCGCAGGCCGAGCUCAAGGCCGCCGACAUCACUGUCACGGCCCCCGAUGUCAAGCUGCCCUCCGUUGAAGGCUCCCUGGAGCUCCAGGCGCCCGACGUAGAGGUCAAAGCUCCCUCCGCGGAAGGCAAGCUGGAGCUGGAAGGCACGGGCCUUAAAGGCAAGCUGAAGAUGCCCAAAUUUGACAAGCCCAAAUUCACAGUCUCCUCCCCCAAGGCCGAGGUGCCCACAGCCGAGAUCAGCCUGCCCAGCGCUGAGGUGGAGCUCCCAUCCGCCACCGUGACAGCCUCAACAGAGGGCACUGGCGUGAAGCUGGAGAAGCCCUCCCUCAAGAUGCCCAAAGCUGACAUCAAAGCUCCCAAGGUGGACAUCAGCCUGCCCUCUGUUGACGUCACCCUUCCACAGGCCAGCGUCGACUUGCAGGCCCCCGAGGCCAGCCUUAGCCUUGAAGGAGAAGCCAAAGUCCCAGAGAAGGAGGCCACCAAGACCAAGGACGGCAAGUUCAAGAUGCCCAAGUUCGGCAUGCCUUCCUUUGGCUGGUCCAGCAGCAGAGAGGCCAAGGGCACCGUGGCCGCCGAGGUGGACGUCAGCCUCCCGGAGCCUCAAGUGACGGUGCCUUCUGGAGCCAGCGAAGUGGAGGUGACCCUGCCCACGGCCGAUAUCCAAGUGCCCGGUGUGGAGGUGACCGUUGAUGCGGGCACGGUAGCAGCCGAGGCUGAGAAAGGCCGAUUCAAGAUGCCCGACGUCAAGAUGCCCAGCGUCAAGCUGCCCAAAGUCAAAGCUCCCCAGGCACAGGUCAGCCUGCCCAAGGCCGAGGUCUCGCUGCCCAAAGGCCAGGAGGGCGAAGCGGCCCUGCAGGGCCCCGAGGCCGAAGGCAGCCUGGAGGUGGCCGCUGGCAAAGCGGAGGGUGGCGGCAUGAAAAUACACAUGCCCAAAGUCAAGGUGCCCAGCGUGGUCUUCUCCAAGCCUACCAUCAAGUCUCCCAAACUGGAGGCAGACGUCAGCCUCCCGCAGGCCGAGCUCAAGGCCGCCGACAUCACUGUCACGGCCCCCGAUGUCAAGCUGCCCUCCGUUGAAGGCUCCCUGGAGCUCCAGGCACCCGACGUAGAGGUCAAAGCUCCCUCCGCGGAAGGCAAGCUGGAGCUGGAAGGCACGGGCCUGAAAGGCAAGCUGAAGAUGCCCAAAUUUGACAAGCCCAAAUUCACAGUCUCCUCCCCCAAGGCCGAGGUGCCCACAGCCGAGAUCAGCCUGCCCAGCGCUGAGGUGGAGCUCCCAUCCGCCACCGUGACGGCCUCAACAGAGGGCACUGGCGUGAAGCUGGAGAAGCCCUCCCUCAAGAUGCCCAAAGCUGACAUCAAAGCUCCCAAGGUGGACAUCAGUCUGCCCUCUGUUGACGUCACCCUUCCACAGGCCAGCAUCGACUUGCAGGCCCCCGAGGCCAGCCUUAGCCUUGAAGGAGAAGCCAAAGUCCCAGAGAAGGAGGCCACCAAGACCAAGGACGGCAAGUUCAAGAUGCCCAAGUUCGGCAUGCCUUCCUUUGGCUGGUCCAGCAGCAGAGAGGCCAAGGGCACCGUGGCCGCCGAGGUGGACGUCAGCCUCCCGGAGCCUCAAGUGACAGUGCCUUCCGGAGCCAGCGAAGUGGAGGUGACCCUGCCCACGGCCGAUAUCCAAGUGCCCGGUGUGGAGGUGACCGUUGAUGCGGGCACGGUAGCAGCCGAGGCUGAGAAAGGCCGAUUCAAGAUGCCCGACGUCAAGAUGCCCAGCGUCAAGCUGCCCAAAGUCAAAGCUCCCCAGGCACAGGUCAGCCUGCCCAAGGCCGAAGUCUCGCUGCCCAAAGGCCAGGAGGGCGAAGCGGCCCUGCAGGGCCCCGAGGCCGAAGGCAGCCUGGAGGUGGCCGCUGGCAAAGCGGAGGGUGGCGGCAUGAAAAUACACAUGCCCAAAGUCAAGGUGCCCAGCGUGGUCUUCUCCAAGCCCACCAUCAAGUCUCCCAAACUGGAGGCAGACGUCAGCCUCCCGCAGGCCGAGCUCAAGGCCGCCGACAUCACUGUCACGGCCGCCGAUGUCAAGCUGCCCUCCGUUGAAGGCUCCCUGGAGCUCCAGGCACCCGACGUAGAGGUCAAAGCUCCCUCCGUGGAAGGCAAGCUGGAGCUGGAAGGCACGGGCCUGAAAGGCAAGCUGAAGAUGCCCAAAUUUGACAAGCCCAAAUUCACAGUCUCCUCCCCCAAGGCCGAGGUGCCCACAGCCGAGAUCAGCCUGCCCAGCGCUGAGGUGGAGCUCCCAUCCGCCACCGUGACGGCCUCAACAGAGGGCACUGGCGUGAAGCUGGAGAAGCCCUCCCUCAAGAUGCCCAAAGCUGACAUCAAAGCUCCCAAGGUGGACAUCAGCCUGCCCUCUGUUGACGUCACCCUUCCACAGGCCAGCGUCGACUUGCAGGCCCCCGAGGCCAGUCUUAGCCUUGAAGGAGAAGCCAAAGUCCCAGAGAAGGAGGCCACCAAGACCAAGGACGGCAAGUUCAAGAUGCCCAAGUUCGGCAUGCCUUCCUUUGGUUGGUCCAGCAGCAGAGAGGCCAAGGGCACCGUGGCCGCCGAGGUGGACGUCAGCCUCCCGGAGCCUCAAGUGACGGUGCCUUCCGGAGCCAGCGAAGUGGAGGUGACCCUGCCCACGGCCGAUAUCCAAGUGCCCGGUGUGGAGGUGACCGUUGAUGCGGGCACGGUAGCAGCCGAGGCUGAGAAAGGCCGAUUCAAGAUGCCCGACGUCAAGAUGCCCAGCGUCAAGCUGCCCAAAGUCAAAGCUCCCCAGGCACAGGUCAGCCUGCCCAAGGCCGAAGUCUCGCUGCCCAAAGGCCAGGAGGGCGAAGCGGCCCUGCAGGGCCCCGAGGCCGAAGGCAGCCUGGAGGUGGCCGCUGGCAAAGCGGAGGGUGGCGGCAUGAAAAUACACAUGCCCAAAGUCAAGGUGCCCAGCGUGGUCUUCUCCAAGCCCACCAUCAAGUCUCCCAAACUGGAGGCAGACGUCAGCCUCCCGCAGGCCGAGCUCAAGGCCGCCGACAUCACUGUGACGGCCCCCGAUGUCAAGCUGCCCUCCGUUGAAGGCUCCCUGGAGCUCCAGGCGCCCGACGUAGAGGUCAAAGCUCCCUCCGCGGAAGGCAAGCUGGAGCUGGAAGGCACGGGCCUGAAAGGCAAGCUGAAGAUGCCCAAAUUUGACAAGCCCAAAUUCACAGUCUCCUCCCCCAAGGCCGAGGUGCCCACAGCCGAGAUCAGCCUGCCCAGCGCUGAGGUGGAGCUCCCAUCCGCCACCGUGACGGCCUCAACAGAGGGCACUGGCGUGAAGCUGGAGAAGCCCUCCCUCAAGAUGCCCAAAGCUGACAUCAAAGCUCCCAAGGUGGACAUCAGCCUGCCCUCUGUUGACGUCACCCUUCCACAGGCCAGCGUCGACUUGCAGGCCCCCGAGGCCAGCCUUAGCCUUGAAGGAGAAGCCAAAGUCCCAGAGAAGGAGGCCACCAAGACCAAAGACGGCAAGUUCAAGAUGCCCAAGUUCGGCAUGCCUUCCUUUGGCUGGUCCAGCAGCAGAGAGGCCAAGGGCACCGUGGCCGCCGAGGUGGACGUCAGCCUCCCGGAGCCUCAAGUGACGGUGCCUUCCGGAGCCAGCGAAGUGGAGGUGACCCUGCCCACGGCCGAUAUCCAAGUGCCCGGUGUGGAGGUGACCGUUGAUGCGGGCACGGUAGCAGCCGAGGCUGAGAAAGGCCGAUUCAAGAUGCCCGACGUCAAGAUGCCCAGCGUCAAGCUGCCCAAAGUCAAAGCUCCCCAGGCACAGGUCAGCCUGCCCAAGGCCGAAGUCUCGCUGCCCAAAGGCCAGGAGGGCGAAGCGGCCCUGCAGGGCCCCGAGGCCGAAGGCAGCCUGGAGGUGGCCGCUGGCAAAGCGGAGGGUGGCGGCAUGAAAAUACACAUGCCCAAAGUCAAGGUGCCCAGCGUGGUCUUCUCCAAGCCCACCAUCAAGUCUCCCAAACUGGAGGCAGACGUCAGCCUCCCGCAGGCCGAGCUCAAGGCCGCCGACAUCACUGUGACGGCCCCCGAUGUCAAGCUGCCCUCCGUUGAAGGCUCCCUGGAGCUCCAGGCGCCCGACGUAGAGGUCAAAGCUCCCUCCGCGGAAGGCAAGCUGGAGCUGGAAGGCACGGGCCUGAAAGGCAAGCUGAAGAUGCCCAAAUUUGACAAGCCCAAAUUCACAGUCUCCUCCCCCAAGGCCGAGGUGCCCACAGCCGAGAUCAGCCUGCCCAGCGCUGAGGUGGAGCUCCCAUCCGCCACCGUGACGGCCUCAACAGAGGGCACUGGCGUGAAGCUGGAGAAGCCCUCCCUCAAGAUGCCCAAAGCUGACAUCAAAGCUCCCAAGGUGGACAUCAGCCUGCCCUCUGUUGACGUCACCCUUCCACAGGCCAGCGUCGACUUGCAGGCCCCCGAGGCCAGCCUUAGCCUUGAAGGAGAAGCCAAAGUCCCAGAGAAGGAGGCCACCAAGACCAAGGACGGCAAGUUCAAGAUGCCCAAGUUCGGCAUGCCUUCCUUUGGCUGGUCCAGCAGCAGAGAGGCCAAGGGCACCGUGGCCGCCGAGGUGGACGUCAGCCUCCCGGAGCCUCAAGUGACGGUGCCUUCCGGAGCCAGCGAAGUGGAGGUGACCCUGCCCACGGCCGAUAUCCAAGUGCCCGGUGUGGAGGUGACCGUUGAUGCGGGCACGGUAGCAGCCGAGGCUGAGAAAGGCCGAUUCAAGAUGCCCGACGUCAAGAUGCCCAGCGUCAAGCUGCCCAAAGUCAAAGCUCCCCAGGCACAGGUCAGCCUGCCCAAGGCCGAAGUCUCGCUGCCCAAAGGCCAGGAGGGCGAAGCGGCCCUGCAGGGCCCCGAGGCCGAAGGCAGCCUGGAGGUGGCCGCUGGCAAAGCGGAGGGUGGCGGCAUGAAAAUACACAUGCCCAAAGUCAAGGUGCCCAGCGUGGUCUUCUCCAAGCCCACCAUCAAGUCUCCCAAACUGGAGGCAGACGUCAGCCUCCCGCAGGCCGAGCUCAAGGCUGCCGACAUCACUGUGACGGCCCCCGAUGUCAAGCUGCCCUCCGUUGAAGGCUCCCUGGAGCUCCAGGCGCCCGACGUAGAGGUCAAAGCUCCCUCCGCCGAAGGCAAGCUGGAGCUGGAAGGCACGGGCCUGAAAGGCAAGCUGAAGAUGCCCAAAUUUGACAAGCCCAAAUUCACAGUCUCCUCCCCCAAGGCCGAGGUGCCCACAGCCGAGAUCAGCCUGCCCAGCGCUGAGGUGGAGCUCCCAUCCGCCACCGUGACGGCCUCAACAGAGGGCACUGGCGUGAAGCUGGAGAAGCCCUCCCUCAAGAUGCCCAAAGCUGACAUCAAAGCUCCCAAGGUGGACAUCAGCCUGCCCUCUGUUGACGUCACCCUUCCACAGGCCAGCGUCGACUUGCAGGCCCCCGAGGCCAGCCUUAGCCUUGAAGGAGAAGCCAAAGUCCCAGAGAAGGAGGCCACCAAGACCAAAGACGGCAAGUUCAAGAUGCCCAAGUUCGGCAUGCCUUCCUUUGGCUGGUCCAGCAGCAGAGAGGCCAAGGGCACCGUGGCCGCCGAGGUGGACGUCAGCCUCCCGGAGCCUCAAGUGACGGUGCCUUCCGGAGCCAGCGAAGUGGAGGUGACCCUGCCCACGGCCGAUAUCCAAGUGCCCGGUGUGGAGGUGACCGUUGAUGCGGGCACGGUAGCAGCCGAGGCUGAGAAAGGCCGAUUCAAGAUGCCCGACGUCAAGAUGCCCAGCGUCAAGCUGCCCAAAGUCAAAGCUCCCCAGGCACAGGUCAGCCUGCCCAAGGCCGAAGUCUCGCUGCCCAAAGGCCAGGAGGGCGAAGCGGCCCUGCAGGGCCCCGAGGCCGAAGGCAGCCUGGAGGUGGCCGCUGGCAAAGCGGAGGGUGGCGGCAUGAAAAUACACAUGCCCAAAGUCAAGGUGCCCAGCGUGGUCUUCUCCAAGCCCACCAUCAAGUCUCCCAAACUGGAGGCAGACGUCAGCCUCCCGCAGGCCGAGCUCAAGGCCGCCGACAUCACUGUGACGGCCCCCGAUGUCAAGCUGCCCUCCGUUGAAGGCUCCCUGGAGCUCCAGGCGCCCAACGUAGAGGUCAAAGCUCCCUCCGCGGAAGGCAAGCUGGAGCUGGAAGGCACGGGCCUGAAAGGCAAGCUGAAGAUGCCCAAAUUUGACAAGCCCAAAUUCACAGUCUCCUCCCCCAAGGCCGAGGUGCCCACAGCCGAGAUCAGCCUGCCCAGCGCUGAGGUGGAGCUCCCAUCCGCCACCGUGACGGCCUCAACAGAGGGCACUGGCGUGAAGCUGGAGAAGCCCUCCCUCAAGAUGCCCAAAGCUGACAUCAAAGCUCCCAAGGUGGACAUCAGUCUGCCCUCUGUUGACGUCACCCUUCCACAGGCCAGCAUCGACUUGCAGGCCCCCGAGGCCAGUCUUAGCCUUGAAGGAGAAGCCAAAGUCCCAGAGAAGGAGGCCACCAAGACCAAAGACGGCAAGUUCAAGAUGCCCAAGUUCGGCAUGCCUUCCUUUGGCUGGUCCAGCAGCAGAGAGGCCAAAGGCACCGUGGCCACCGAGGUAGACGUCAGCCUCCCGGAGCCUCAAGUGACGGUGCCCUCAGGACCCGCCAUCGUGGACGUGACAUUUUCUGAGUCUGAGUUCCAAGCGCUGAGCUUUGAUGUUCCCCUAGAUUCUUCUUCUUGUAAAGAGGAUGUUGGUAAAUCUAAAUCUUCUGUCUUUAGAAUGCCUAAAAUUUCUCUUUCUAAAAGUUUCAAACCUCAUGCACAAAGCCAGUCUGGAUAUGAUGUUUCUGUCUCUGAAACUCUUUGUUAUUCUUUGACAGAGGAAUCUUCUUCUGUCCCUUCUGAGAGCGUUGAACCUAAACAUUUUACUGACAUUAAGGGGGAGAGUGUCUCUAAAAGUACCAAAUUCAGAGUUCCUAGCAUUGGUUUCUCUAAAUCUGAAGUGACUUCAUCUGAAAUUGAUCUGGAAUCCUCAUUACGACAGGGGGAUAUUACUCUUACUAAAUACCAAACUAAUCUAUCAGAAUCGGAAUCAAAAAUAGCAUCUCUUGCUGAUGAAAAUCUUUCAGAUUUUGAAAUUUUAAGUGAAGAUGGUUCUGAGGAGCAAGGAGGUUUUAAGCUAGAGGGCAAAACCACAUCUGCUGAAAUAUCUUUGGGUGACACAGAGGUCACAGUUAAAAUUCCUAAAUUCCGAAAACCAAAAUUCAGAAUUCGAUCCAAGGGAAAAGCAUCUGAAAGUGAUGUUGGUGCCACUGUGGAAUCUGAAAUUUCCAAGGGAAGGAUAACAUCUGAUAUGACUUGUCCUGAUAUUGAAAAACCAGUUCAAAUCCCUGAUGCCCAUCUUGCUGUCAAGUUGCAUAAGCCUUCACUUGAAGCUGUUCUGGAUGCACCAACAAUGGAUCCAAAUCUCUCACCCAUGGAGGUUACCUUGCCAAAAUUAGAAGCAGAAAUCCAUGGCCCAGAUUUAGAGUGCAAGGCAGAACAGGAAGUAGUUACAGGAGAAAAGGGCACUGAGGAGAAAGAAAACAAAUUUAAAUCAUCAAAAUUCAAAUUGCCUUCAUUUAGGUGGUCCCCAAAGAAAGAAGCUAUUGCUCCUUCUCAUGUUGAGGAGCAUUUGGAAGGACCCACUUUGUCUACCUUAUCUGGAGACAUGGGAUCUGAAUUAACUUUUCCUACUCCUGAGAAUCAAUACCUUCAUGAAGAAUUUGAUACAACAGAAAAAGAUGGUGAAAAGGCCAAAACCAAGAAGUCCCAAUUUACCAUGCCAAAGAUCUCAUUCCCUAAAAUUAAGGGUCAGAAAGUACAGGUCUCUCUGCCUGUAGUGGAAAGUGGUGUUUCUGGACCCAAACAAGAAAAAGAAGGUGUUUCUGUUCAGAAAUCUGAGAAAGGAAGUAGUGGAGAAGUUGCAGGACUGGGCAUAAAAGUGCCCAAAGUUACAGUCCCAACUUCAGAAUUUUCCAAACCAGAAGCCAAAGCUCCCAAAAUAGAGGUGGAUAUUAGCAUGCCUACAGGUGAGGUCAAAGUUCCUACCUGUGAAGGAGAUGAUCUGACACUGAAAUCAGCUGCUGCUAAUGCCAGCCUCUCCACCUCAGAUAUUAAGAUGAUACCUGAAGGUUCACUUGAGGUGAAGAGUCCUGACAUAAGUGUUGAAAGAACAUCAAGUGAAAUUGCUGUGGGUGAUGUAGAGAUAAAAGCUGAAGGUUCUGAAGGGAAAACAAAAACGUCUAAAUUCCAAAUGCCAAAGGUAGGAAUCACACUUUCUAAAGGGAAAGGGUCGGAAAAGAAUGUUGGCCAAUCCAAAGCAGAAGUCAAGGUUCCCCAACUAAAAGCAACAGUAGAAAUAUCUGACAUUGCUGUUGAAGCACCAGACUUGAAGGUAGAAUGUGGCACAGAAACAAGGACUUACAGUCCUGAAGCCAAAAUUACCAAAACUGACAGUAAGACAUCAGAGGCUGAUGUUCACCUCCCAUCAGCUGACAUUCCUAUUCCAAAAACAGACAGUGAUAUUCAGGAUUCAGAUGCAGCAGUAAAGAUCAAGGGGGAAAUAAAGCAAGAUGGAGAUGGAGAAGAGAAAGAAGGACAUUUCAAGAUGCCCAAAUUCAAACUUCCAUCCUUCAGUUGGUCACCAAAAAAGGAAGCAAGUGUUAAAUCUGAUUCUGGAGCAAAUUUGGAAGACCAAAAGCUUGUUGUCAUGUCAAGCAGAAUAGACACAGAAGUGAAUGAAACUGCAACUGAUGAUCAAGGUAGUGGGCCAGACCUUGAUCUGGAAAUAUCUGCAGGAAAAGUUGAGCAAAAAAGUCCAAUUAAAAAGCCUCAAUUUGUCAUGCCUAAAAUUUCGCUCUCCAAGAUCAAGGUUCCAAAAUCUCAAAAAGUUGAAGCUGAUGCUACUUUCCCUAAAACAGAAAUAGAGGGUGAUGAUUCUAUUAAGAUACCUGAUAUAGAAAAAUGUCAUCCUGAAGGGACGGAAGAAGGGGCACAGAUCAGCAUAAAACUGGCUGACACUACAGUCCACACUCUGGAGUUUUCCAGAGUAGAAACUGAAGCCUCUAAAACUGAAAUAACAGUCAGCUCAGCAAAGAUUGAUGCUUCUUUGGCUCCCUCAGAGGGGAGUUUUCAACAGGUCGACUUAAAAAUAAGUUCUACCAAUGAAUGUAACAUUCAAAAAACAGGUACUAAGCUCUCCAAAGGAGAAGCUUCAGUUGAUUUGAAGAGCCCUGAUAUAUUAACAGAAAGCUCAUCAGUUGUGGAUGGAAGAAAAGUGAAAUUAGAAGGUCCUGAAGGGAAGAUUAAAAUGCAGAAAUUCCAGAAGACAAAGUUUGGAAUCACUAGAACAAAAGGGAAAGUCCCAGAGACAGAAAUCAGUUCUCCAAAAAUAGAAGCUGAGCUACCCCAACUAAGAAGAACAAAAGAAAUUGCUGACAUUGCUGUGGGAGUUCCAGCAUCAGAACUUAUAUCUGAUGUGUCAGAUCCUGGAGUAGUUGAUGGUAAGGUAAAAACACCCCAAGCUCUGACAGGUGACAUUGAAGAUGCAAAGGUAGACAUAAGCACCAAACCAAAGACAGAGGGGGUUAGUGAGAGUCUUGAGGAGAAGGAAAUCAAAUUAAAAGAACAUGAAAUAAAAGCUGAAGUUCAGACUGAAGAACAUCAGGGAUGGUUUAAAAUGCCAAAAUUCAGAAUACCUGCAUUUGGCAGGUCAUCCUUAAAGGAAAAGAAAAGUGAUGCCGAUAUUGAAAGAAGUAUGGAAAAAGCUCAGGCAACUAUUCCUUCUGCUAAAGUACAAACUGAAACAAGUGCUCCUGAAAAUACCUUCUCAUUACCACAUGCAGUUGCUGAAAUUACUAUUGGAAAAGAAGGGAUUCAGAAAUUAGGAGAUUCUGUGGAGAGUUCUAAUGUUAGCUCGCCAAAGAUUGAAGGAGACAUUUCAUUAUCCACAGAAAGAACAGAUAGUAGAGUGAGUAUUCCAAAAACUGAAACUUACGCAGAUGUAGUUAAGCGCAGUGCUGAAGGACAUACUUCAGAAAUCACAGUGUCUGCAGCAGAAUUGUCUAAGUCAUACCCAAGCACUUUGGAAACUGACAAAGACAAGAAUUCAGCAAAUAGGUUUCCUAUGUGUACUCUGUCAUCUCCAGAGCAUAAAGGCAAAUCACAGGAUAUAAAUGUCCAAAAGGUAGAAAGUUCCAUGAAGUUAGAGACAUCAGGGGUAGGAUUCAAGCCAUCAUCAGCUGAAAUUACUCUGGAUGCAACACAGAAGAAAACAGAUGUUAAUCUUCCAAAGGAAGAGCUAGAUAUUCAAAACGAGGCAGCAAUUAAAAAAGGAAAGAUAAAGGGUGAGGUGAAAAUCACAGGAAAAGACAGUGAAGAAAGUCAAUUAAAAAGGACUACGUAUGAAUGGUCCACAGCAAAAGGAUCAGAAGAUGGUACUUAUGUUACUGCUAAGCUGGAAGAUCUAAAGGUAGAAGUUCCAACAUUGAAGACGGACGUUAAAAUUACUGGAGUAGAUCCUGAAAUGAAAUUUCACGUGAAAAGUGUUGAAAAGGAUGUGUCUGCAGGAGUGGAAGUGCAAGUAGAAGAUAGAGCAGAAACAAGUAAAAUUAAAGCAUACAAGUUUAAGAUUCCAAGGUUUGGAAUGUUGCAUUCUGAAAUCAAGGGGUUUGAAGAUGAUACCAAUUUUCCAAAGUCAGAAGCUGAUUCAGCACCUAAAAGUGAAAGAGGCACAGCAGAAAUGCAGUUACAAAAACCAGAAGGAUCAAUUGGCCUGAAAAGUCCAGCUCUAGAUUGUAUAGAAGCAUCUGCCAGAGUAACAGGGGAAACAGUGGACCAAACACAAGGUGUCCCAGAAGUAAGUGUAAGAAUUCCCAAACUAAAAAUACCAAGAUUCACUUUCAGAGCUCCCCCAAUUGAAGCUGAUGUUUUACUGUCAAAAGUAGUAACAGAUCCAAAGGGAUCUAGUACUGACAUUGAAAUAGUGCAACUGCAAGCAAGCUCUGCUAUCCCUGAAGAAACCCCAGGAGCUGUAGAGGGGGGUAUUCAAAAAGCAAAGAGCAAAAUUUUAACAGUGACUGAACCUGCCAUUAAAACAGCCCAAAUGACAGCUACCAUAGAGUCCUCCCUUUCAAGUGCAGGGCAAGACAUUCAUUGGUCUUACAUAGAGGGCCAAGAAGUAAGUGAAAAAGUAGAACCUGAACAUGUUGCUAUUGAGCGGUGUGAGAUUUACACUACUGAGAUACUGAAAGAAUCAGAGAUUCUGUCAUCAGAGGUCAAAACUGCUACUUUGGGAUUCUCAUUGCUCAAGGCCAAGUUGCCUGAAUCACACAGUGAUUUAGAUGUGCUGGUCCAGCAGCCAUCUCCAACAGGAGAUGCAUCAGUGAGAAUACCUGCAGGUGCUGGUGAAAGCUUUGGAGUAGCUGCACAGGGAAGUGGCAGUGCUGAGCUUAAACUAUCUGACAAACCACACCGUGGGUCUGAAGAAUCUAGAGGAAAAGUAAGUUUGUCAAAGUUAAAAACAUCUGCUGCUGAAGUAAAGGGUUCCAGUAAACUUGAAGAGAGUUUUCCUGAUAAAUCACCAGAGAGAAUAACUGCAGCUCCUCUCUCUGAAGAUGAAGAUGUAGUUGAAGCAGUGGAAGGUGAAGAAAAAGACAUAACCAAUGAGAAAGAAAAGACUGAUAGUAAAAGAUCUCCUGGAAGAUUUAAAUUUUGGCUUCCAAGUAUUGGCUUUUCAUCUUCUGGGGAUGAAACAAGCACAGAUGCAAAAGCAGAAAUAAAAAAAUCAGUUCCAGAAGAUGUGAAACCUGCUGACACAUCAGAUGAUUCCUCUAAGCAGGCUGAAAAAGCUGGAUGGUUUAGAUUUCCCAAGCUUGGUUUCACAUCUCCUUCCAAAAAGGCUAAGUCUGCUGACAAAGAAGAGGUGGGUCAUAAAGAGGGGAGACUCUCAGAUGAAGAUAGCCCAACAGAUAAGCCAGAUGUGUUUUUUGAUGCACAAGAAAGCUUAUCACCUAAAGAAAUAGGAGAAAGUGAAAAAGCUGAAAUUGAUGGGGCCUCAUCUAUUGUGACAUCUUCAGCAAGAACUGAACUGAUCUUGUUGGAGGAAGAAAAAGAGAGUAAAUCUAGUAUUGUUGGAGAUACAGCCAAAUGAAGGUUGUAUUUUCUCAAUCCUCAAUCCUCAACAAAAACAAAAUCAUCCACAGAAGAGAAUGUUUUCCUAAUUUUCUACUAACUGAAAAUUAAAAGCCAAGGUUGGUAUUCAUGAAAACACUUGAACAAUUUUUCAAGUACAUGGAUGUACUAGAUUGUACACUAAUAAAAAUAAUGAUUUCUUCAUAUCUACCCCAAGGGCAACAAUUAUGACAGGUGCAGAUGAGCCCAUAGGUUGAGCAAAGUCUGAGUAGAUACCAGAACCACGAAAGUAAAUCAUUGAAAGGCUCAACAGUACCAAAAGACUUGUUAAAGAGGCUUCUCAAAACAUACCAGUUAUAUUUAGAUUACAGAUUAUUUCCAGAAUGGGCUCUAAACUAGUAUUAUGAGAACUACACUUACCUGUUUAGAUUUUGGAACUUUCUGAUCUACUUUUGCUUUGUUAUUAAAAUGU